ACCACCACAUCGGGCCAACAACGUACGAUAACAAAGUUCAGGCGGAUGUAAAUAACAAAUGGCGAGUUCGACUCUCGUACCGGAUGUAGAGUUUUUGACGAUUUCGUAAGUUGUCCAAUGUGUACAUAACUACACAUACGUUAAUUCUCUGUAAUAUAUACAGUACAUGGAAGUAGAAAACUUCUCGUGAUAAAUGAUGACGGCCAUAACGUGACCAUUGUUGUGUUUAGACAAGAAAACUAGAUAACGCGUAGUUUCUGAGGAGCCAUGCUGAAAUCUGAGGAUUUCUCCGACACAGCUCCCCUCCUCGGCGAUGACGACGGGACAGUCAAGGAGGGGGCGGGGCAGAGGAGGAUAUCCCGGGGGACGUCCUACUUCAUUGUAGGCGUCCUAUUUGUAGUCAAUCUCCUAAACUAUAUGGACCGCUAUACACUGGCAGGUGUUUUGGAUCAGGUUCAAACUUACUACGGUCUGGACAACUCCCAGGAUGGCUUGCUGCAGACUGUGUUUGUCCUUACCUAUAUGAUCUGCUCUCCAGUCUUUGGUUACCUUGGCGAUCGCUACUCCCGGAAGUACCUGAUGGCGGGAGGCAUUCUCUUUUGGUCUGGCAUCACGCUGUCUGGCUCUUUCAUCGACAAGCACCAUUUCUGGGUUUUCCUGAUGAUGCGCGCUCUAGUAGGUGUGGGGGAAGCAAGUUACAUCACCGUGUCAACCACGAUCAUUGGUGACCUGUUCCACGACAGCAUGCGCACGAAGAUGCUCAUUGUAUUCAACGUGGCCGUUCCGUGUGGCAGUGGGCUUGGAUACAUUGUGGGAUCUAACGUGGCUAGAUUGUUUGGCGGCUGGCAGUGGGCUUUACGGGUGACCCCAGGUUUUGGUGUGAUCUGUGUCAUACUCAUACUGAUCCUGCCGGAGCCAACUCGUGGUUCGGCGGACGGAGGGACAGAUCUCAGCAACACCUCUUUCCUACGGGACCUCAAGGAACUUGUAACCAAUAAGACGCUGGUAUUGUCGUCGUUUGGGUUUACGUGCGUGGCUUUUGUGACCGGGACGUUGGCUUUGUGGUCCCCAAUCUACGUCCUCGACUCCAUAAAAAUCCAGGGACAAGAGGCACAGCAGUCAAGUGUCAGCCUCAUAUUUGGUAUACUGACGGUGGCGGCGGGCCUGACGGGUGUAGCUAUCGGAGGGGAAACCUCCCGAAGGUUAAAGGACCGGUACCCCCGGGCCGACCCCGUCAUUUGUGCGUGUGGAAUGUUAGUCGGGGCACCAUUUCUCUUCUUCGCCCUUUACGUGUCGCGGUAUAACACAACUGUUGCGUGGGUCCUUAUCUUCUUCGGAGAGACGGCAGUGUGUAUCAAUUGGUCCAUUGUUAAUGACAUAUUACUGUACGUUGUGAUUCCCACGAGACGAGCGUUGGCCUCGGCCGGUCAGAUCUUCCUGUGCCACGCCCUUGGGGAUGCAGGGAGUCCCUACAUCAUCGGCCUGGUAUCCGAUGCUCUAGCUAAAGGCUACAGUCUUCCCGCCACCUCGCCGUCUGUCCAGUUCGCUACUCUACAGAUGGCGUUGUAUGUUACGCCGUUCGUCAGUGUGUUGGGAGGGAGCUUUUUCCUGGCCGCCUCGCUGUUUGUUGUGGAGGAUCGCGAGGCAGCGAAACGAAUAACAGAACAUGCGAAUGCGCCACCGGAAGAAGAGGAUGAGCGAGUAGAAUCACCGGACAGCGACUUCCUGACGGCAGAUUUAUCUUAUUCUGUUAACUGACAUGACGUCAUCAGGAUAUUUCAAUAGGCACAGCCGUUCCUGGACGAGGAAUGUGUGUUAGCAAGGAUAAACCGGAUAUCUCGAUAGACCGGUUCCUACAUUGCUACCAUUCCUUUGAAAGUCAGAGAAAUGCACAUCGCGCCAAUUUCUUCGACAGGGAUUUGAGAAUUAGUUACAGUCUACAUGUAUUUGGACCUCCCCUAUUGUGUAUAACACAUUUUUAUACGGUUUUUUUUUUUUUUUGGGGGGG